AUGUAUGGUUUGCCAAAAAUUCACAAGGAAGGCGCUCCACUUCGACCAAUUCUAGCCAUGAUUAACUCAGCUCAACAUGAGCUAGCCAAACAACUGUCAGUGGUACUUUCGCCCGUUUUGGAGAGGUUUUCAACAUACGCUUUAAAAGACUCUUUUACUUUUACUGAUGAGCUUAAACAACAAAAUUUUUCAAUUUAUUCUAAUCUAACGAUGUGCUCUUUCGAUGUAACUAGUCUCUUCACUAAUGUGCCCUUGGAAGAAACCAUUGAAAUUUGUGCUCAAAAUCUUUUUCACUCGGACACGACUUUGCCGGACAUGUCUGAGAAUGCCUUUAGAGAACUAAUGAUGGCUGCCACAAAGGGUGUGGAGUUUAGUUUUGAUGACACCAUGUAUAAACAAAUUGACGGGGUGGCUAUGGGUUCUCCACUUGGACCGGUUCUUGCGAAUAUUUUUGUUGGCUAUCAUGAAUGCAAAAUGCUUGCAUCUUCAGAUUGUCCGGAUGUGCUCUCUCAUUAA